CUAUAUAAAUUUGCAUGAUAAUUACCGCUGAACGAAAAUAUUGCUUUCGCUUGUGAGUUGUUAUUGCACAAGGUCACGAUAUCACACCUAGCUUCACACGUAAACUUUGUUUUGAGGAAAUACUCGACAAGAGAGCCAAUUUUUGUAGCCUGAUCUUUGUUAUAGCCGAUUGGCAAAGCUACGCGAGAAACAACUUCUUAUCAUUGGUGUGUAUCCACAGAGUCAGCAUUGCAGAUCACAUUUAAAAGACGCCAUGAGUAACUUUGUUUGGUGGAGGAACAUGCUGGGUCAAAAGCUAACAGAUGAAGAAAUGAGAAACAUAAAGUACCCGGAAACAGAACUCUACACUCAUGUUACUUUCAAGACCAUUCAAGCUGGGGCGCUUCUUGGUAUGGUCAUUAUUGCUCCUGUAGUUCGCCUUGCUGCUAGCCCUCGCACUUUAGGGGCCGUUAAAGAGACAGCUCUUCGGUAUGGAAGAAAUGGAGCGAUCAUUGGGAUUCCUCUGGGACCUCUAAUGACUUUUGCAAAGGCUAACAGUGGUGCAGGCAUUGAUGAUGACGGAAUGUUUGAUCGUACAUAUAGAUUAAGGUAUAACCGGAACCAAAUACGAGUAGAUCAAGCUUCCAUUCUUGGAUCCGUAGGAGGUGCAAGUGGGAACUUUUUGCUAGGGGGCUCAGCUGUGUCAGGUGCCGUGGUAGGCCUGGUUGGAGGAACUAUCGCUAUGGGUCUAUACAACACAGUUAAUGCCGAGAGGCAUAAAUGAACUUGAAACAUAGAUGCUUUUGUUUACGACGGGAAGGAAAAAUCAGCGCUGUAAGAGUUCAUGUUCAUUUCGACUGUAAUUUCAUUGACCGGGCGCAGUAACAUAUGAUUUGAGGUUUUUUAUCUUUUCGUGUUUAUCAGUAAUCCAUGUCAUUGAAGUAGAAUGUCUCAACAUUUGUAGAAGUACCAAUGCAAAAUUCUAUCAUAUCUGAGGUAUAUAAAGAUGAUCACAUUAAACUCGUCGUAAACUCGAGAAUUAUAGAAUUAGAAGUAGCGAAAAGAGGCUGAAAGCAAGCGUAUAACGAAUGAGACGAACGAAAUAUGAAUACUGGACCGCUUUCUAUUUUUGUUUAUAAGCCGGAGAUAUAAGUUCAACAGUGUGCAACAACAAACGACUGUCAAAAAAAUGCGUGUAUUCCAUUUUGGAAAUUGCUCGUGGAGAGAAACAAAAGAUUUAUUUUUC